CUUUUUGCAUCAGGAGCUGCUGAAAUGGGUUGUGGAUUGAACAAAUUAGAGAAGCAUGAUGAAAAACGACCUGGUAAUAUCUAUUCAACUUUGAAGAGGCCUCAGGUGGAAACCAAGAUAGAUGUUUACUACGAAUAUCGAUUCCUGGACUUCACGACACUAAACGAUACUGAGCUGCCAGGAUCAUCUGCAAUCAAGCUCUCCUCCUUGCAUGAUCUUCCAGCUCAGCUGCAAGAAUUGUACCAGCAGGGCUUCGUCUUGGCUGCUGUCCACCCUUUCGUGCAACUGACUGAUGAAAAAGAGAAAACUCCCCAGGAACAAAUCUUCAGGGCUGUGCUUAUCAAGAAAACAGAAAGGUCUUCAAAAGGUGAUGGCCAUAGUGAAGGAUAUAUCUUGGAGAUAGAACGCUGUUCCUCUUUAAACCAGCUUACAGACAAAAAUGAGAUACCUGAUUUUAUUAAGAAAAUUCAAGAUGCUGCAAGUCGAGGCUUGAAAUUUGUUGGACUUAUACCUCAGUACUGUUCCCAGAAAGACUGUCUUGUCAGCACCUCCCUGACACCUGCCUGUAACGACUCUGUGCAAUCAAAAGAUAAUAAAAAUGUUUCAAAUUACCCGGACGAUCAUGCUUCACCGGACCGGGAGAAAAUAGAUGGCAUUAAUGGAUGCAGUACUCCAGCACUGAGUGAGGAAAGUGGUGACCAAUGUGCCACAUCCAGGGACAGCUGUAGAGGUGAAGGACAGGGAACUGAAGAGCUGAAUCUCAAGUCUGUGAAGGGAAAUGAAGAAGAGUUUGAACAUGGGAACCCAAGUGUCGCAGAAGCAGCAGACAAGCCGAAUGGACUUGCAGAGAAUGAAACACCAGCACGAUGCUUGAAACCACUUACUGGCAAAAGAGAGAUCUUCAUUCUCUUCAACAAGCCAAAAACCCCACAAAGAUGCAGCCAAUAUUAUACAGUGACUAUCCCUAUGAGGAUCUCCAGGAAUGGGCAGACUGUCAACAGCUUAGAAGCAAACUGGCUGGAGCACAUGACAGACCACUUCAGGAAAGGAGGCUCACUGGUAAACGCCAUCUUCAGCCUUGGAAUGGUAAAUGAUUCUUUACAUGGGACAAUGGAUGGAGUAUUUCUCUUUGAAGAUGUUGCUGUGGAAGACAACAAAACCGUGCAGGGCUAUGAUGCAAUUGUUGUAGAGCAGUGGACUGUCUUGAAGGGAGUUGAGGUGCAGACAGAUUAUGUUCCCCUGCUGAAUUCCCUUGCCCUGUACGGCUGGCAGCUGACCUGCGUGCUGCCCACUCCCAUUGUGAAGACAAACAGGGAAGGGAAUUUGUCUACAAAGCAAAUUGUAUUUCUUCAGAGACCUUUCUUGCCCCAGAAAGCAAAGAAGAAAGAAUCUAAGUUUCACUGGAGGUUCUCCAAAGAUGAUGUGCACAACAGACAAAUGAAGAAAUCCAUGAAGGCAAAAUUAAGUAUGAGGGAGAAACAAAUGGCAGAGAAGCAAGAAUCUGAAGUCUCAGAGAACACAAGAAACUUAGAAGCACAGAUCUCAGCAGCAGCCAAGCCUGAUCCAGAACAGCAGCUGGAUGACGUCAUAGACUUGGGCGAUGAGGUAGCAGGGACCAACGACAGUGGUACCCACCACGAUGGGGCAUCAGAAGAAACUUGUCCUGCCAGUUAUGACACUGAUGACAAUGAGGCACAGGUCUGCCUCAGCCAGAGCACGUCUGGCUGCUGUGCCGACCAGGGGACAGAGGGGGCAGACUGUGCUCCUGUGCCUGACAGUGGCUGCCCUGGGGUGGGACUGGAGGUGGACAGUGGCAGCUCCUGCCUGUGA